AUGGCCGUUUUGGCAGUUUUAAACGGAAAAUGGAAAACUGAGGUUGAUGUGGGUGGAGGAAGGGAAGGAGUAAAGAAGUUUGUUGAGGGGAAAGAGGGCAACAAUGAUGAGAUGGGGGGGAAAGCGGAGGAAGAUGAAAUGAACGACAAGCGAGAAUUGACGGGAAAAGUUGCAUCAUGGAGAAGUGUAGCAGUAAUGAUGAUGAUGAUGACGACGACAGUGCAAGAUGGUGAGGGUGGUGAAUGUUGUUGUGGAAGAGUUGCAUUGAUAGUUGUUUCUGUGGAUACAGAUGGUAAUGGUAAAAUGGAAGAUACGAAAGAAUAG